AUGCAAGCUAGUUGACUGGAGACUUUGUGUUGUGUACUUAAACAUGUGUUGCAAGAGCCAAAGUUAAAAGAAAACUGUACGUGCAGACACAACUAAAAGAAAACAGUGAGAGAGAGAGUAAAAUCCUGAGUGACUAGUGAAAUUAUGUCGAUGGUUGUGGAUAUCAAUAGAGUAUCAGAUAUGGCAGCUCAAGAUGCAAACCGGCGGAAGAGUUCAAGUACUAUCCCUCAAGAUGACAAUAUCUACGAGAGAUUGAAGAAGGCGGCUCAAGAUGGGGAUAUCGAAAGACUCUACAAGUUGAUAGCGGAAGAACCAAACAUUUUAGGUAACUUUGAUAAAAUGCAUUUUUGUGAGACGCCACUACACAUUGCAGCUGAAGAAGGGCAAACUCAGUUUGCCAUGGAAUUAAUGAACUUGAAGCCGUCUCUUGCUUCGAAGCUAAACGUGUCAGGUUUCAGCCCGAUGCACUUGGCCCUGCAAAACAAACACUUCCGAAUGGUGAGAGGUUUCGUGGCAAUCGACAGCAGCUUAAUCAGCAUCAAGGGAAGAGGAAUGAUUACUCCUUUGCAUCAUGUGGCUCGAGUAGGUGAAACCGAGCUGUUGAGCGAGUUCUUGUUUGCUUGUCCGUCUUCGUUAAACGAUUUGACGGUUAAGUGUGAGACAGCUGUGCAUGUUGCUGUGAAGAACGGCCAGCUUAAGGCAUUUAAGGUUCUAUUGGGAUGGAUCAAGAGAGUAAACAAAGAGGCAAUCUUGGACUUGAAGGAUGAAGAUGGUAACACAGCCCUCCAUAAUGCUGCAUCGAUUAAUCAGACUGAGGUCAUGAAGUUGCUGGGUAAAGUCGUUAAAGUUAAAGCCAAGAACUUGGAUGGCAAAACCGCGAAGGACAUACUUCAAAUUCACCAAUCUCCUUGUUUCCCUGAAGCAAGAAACUUUCUCCACAGUGUAAAAGAAAAAAUCCUUUGUCGUUCCACAACGAAUCUUGGGAAUUAUUUGACCCAAAAGCUAUCGCUUAUUGAGAGACGGAACAAAUUCUUGGGGCUGAGCAAUUUGAGCAUGACUGGAGACAUGUCUCUACAGACUAGCAAUCGUCACGAUGCAAUUCUUGUGGUGGCUAUACUGAUAGUAACAGCUACAUACCAGGCUGGUCUAAGUCCUCCCGGUGGAUUUUGGCAGGAGACUACGGAUGAUCACGACGCUGGGCAGAUGACUAUGAAAUUCUUCAAUGCCGUACAUUUUAUCUUCCUCAACGGGAUUGCCUUCUUAUUAUCUCUAUUUGUGAUUAUAUUCCUCAUAGUUGGACUCCCCAUGUGGAAGUUAGUCUAUGGCUCAACGGCGGCUUUAAGUGUUGGUAUGUUAGCAUCAUACACCACUAUAUUCCCGGAUCCAUCUUACACGGAGAUAGAAAAACACCCAUUUCGUUCUAUAUCAACAGCCAUUUUCCUCUUGGUAUCCCCAGUGAUAAUAGUAAUCUUGAUGUUUGCUACUUACAUAGCAUUCAUUGCUGAUAAACGUCGCCGACACCGAGUGGACUUCCCGGCGGCCUGCUUUAGCUUACGUGAUGCAUCGAGUCAUCCCUAUCUUUCAUUAUUGGCUGGGAUUUGUGUGAUCGUUGGUGUUUAUGUUAGCUGGUUUAAGGUAAUAUUUGAGAAAGACCUAAAAAUCUAAGUGAAGUUAUUUUCAUUGUUGUUGGAGCACAUCUUCGUGUAUUGCACGUUUUUCUAUGGGCUUUUGUUUUCGGGCUUUAUGUUCAACGGGUUAUGUCUUCCUUGCGUCUUUUUCGUCUUUGUCUUAAGGUUUUACUGAGUCUUGUUUUACUUUAAAAUUUAAAAAGAUUCUUCGUCUUGUUAUUGUUUCUCAACCUUUUGUUUUGAUAAGCCAAUAAAAAUACAAAAAGAGGAAAUUCAAAUUUCCCGAAUAGCUUUUUUUGUGCAUAACCCUAAGAAUAAGACUCGAAACCUUAUAGCCGU